CUUUAUAUUACUGGCUUAUAUCCGACAAUUGACACUGCUCAAAUCAUCUAUUCUCUCAUUUUCAACACACACACCUUGCACAUAUCAGCCCAACAUGCCUGCUUCAGCCGGUGCGUAUCGAGCAAGUCUGGCGAGGACUUCUUCGCUGCUGCGAGGAGGCGGAGCGAGGACAGCCUUGGCCACCACCCCAGCCCUCGUACCAUGUCUCGCACGAAGCUCACGAACCUCUGCUCCUCCUUCCUCCUCUUAUGGAUGCUCUCACAUUCGUUCCUUCUCUUCACGGACCAUGCCGUUGCGCUUUCCCACUACUGCAGAGACCAAGGACUACAAGUUCAACCACACGAUGCUUCGUGUGAAGGACCCCAAGGCCAGUCUGCACUUCUACACCGAGAUCCUGGGUAUGGACCUCAUCGACGAGCAUGACGGAGGAGACUUCAAGCUUUUCUUCCUCGCCUACGCCAACUCUCCCAGCGCAAACCCCGUGCGCUCUCAGAGGGAGGCUAUCCUUGAGCUCACCUGGAACAAGGGCACAGAGAACGACUCCAAUUUCAAAUACCACAACGGCAACGACGAGCCUCAGGGAUUCGGUCACACAUGUAUCUCAGUCCCUGACCUCGAGGAGGCAUGUGCGCGUUUCGAGAAGCUGGGAGUUGAGUUCAAGAAGAGGCCUCAGGAUGGAAAGAUGAAGACGAUUGCCUUCAUCUACGACCCCGACAAGUACUGGGUUGAGAUCAUCCCUCAAAAGAAGUGACUCAACAAAGAAUUAAAGGAAAGCAGAAUGUGAGGUGGCCUGACCUUGAGAGGG